UCCGACUCACGGUGACCCUGCAGCAGGGUCCAGUCCGGAGCUUUCAACCAUGGUCUUCGAGUCUCUGGUCAGUGACCUGCUCAACAGGUUCAUCGGAGACUACGUGGAGAACCUGGACAAGUCUCAGCUCAAGAUCGGGAUCUGGGGAGGAAAUGUUGUUCUGGAGAACCUGAAGGUGAAGGAGAACGCUCUGAGUGAGUUUGAUGUUCCCUUCAAAGUGAAGGCCGGACAGAUCGGGAAGCUGACCUUGAAAAUUCCCUGGAAGAACCUUUACAACGAUGCUGUGGUCGCCACGUUGGAUGGUCUGUACCUGCUGGUUGUUCCUGGAGCCACCAUAAAGUACGAUGCCGCAAAGGAGGAGCGUUACCAGCAGGAGGCGAAGCAGAGAGAGUUGCAGCGCAUCGAGGAGGCGCUGCAGAUGGCUGCACAGAGAGAGAAACCUCAGGAGGAGAAGAAGGACACGUUUGUGGAGAAACUGGCGACUCAGGUGAUCAAAAACCUGCAGGUGAAGAUCAGCAGCAUCCAUCUGCGCUACGAAGAUGACCUGUUGGACCCACAUCGCCCCCUGUCUAUGGGAGUAACACUGUCAGAGCUUAGCCUGCAGACCACUGAUGAGAACUGGAAGUCAUGUAUCCUGAACGAAGCAGCAAAGAUCAUCUAUAAGCUCGGCCGUCUGGACUGUCUCUGUGCCUACUGGAAUGUCAACAGUCCCAUCUUCUACAAAGGAUCAUGGGAGGACAUCGUGCAUCAGUUGAAGUCUGGGAUCAGCAGUCAGGACCAGCAGCUGCCUCACUAUCAGUACAUUUUCAGGCCGAUCUUUGCCUCAGCUAAAAUGUGCAUCAACCCAAACGCUGAUCUGGAUCUUAAGAAUCCUAAAGUGAACCUUCACCUGGAGGUCCAGAACAUCGCCAUAGAGAUGACCAAACCGCAGUACCUGUCCAUGGUGGAGCUGCUGGAGUCCAUCGACUGUAUGGUGAAGAACGCCCCCUACAGGAGGUUCAGGCCUGAAGUCCCCGUUGGCAGGAACACCAGAGUCUGGUGGAGGUACAGCUUCAACAGCAUCCUGGAGGUCCACAUCCGGCGCUACAGUCACAUGUGGUCCUGGUCCAACAUCAAGCAGCACCGGGAGAACCUGAGGGCCUACAAGAGUGCCUACAAGUCCAAACUGCUGAGCCACAGCAAGUCUAGCCAGGACACAGAGCGGCAGAUCCAGGACCUGGAGAAGGUUCUGGAUGUGUUCAACAUCACGUUGGCCCGACAACAGGCCCACAUGGAGGUGAUCCGAUCAGGACAGAAGGUGGUGGGCAAGAAGGCAGCGGGGGGGCAGAAGCAGGGAGGAGGUUUCUUCAGCAGCCUCUUUGGGAGGAAGGCUAAGAAGGAGGAGCAGGAGCAGGAGGAGAGCAAGGACAUGGAGAGUUCAGGGCUGGAUCAACUCAUGACAGCCGAGGAGAAGGAGAAACUCUACACCGCCAUCGGUUACAGCGGCAGCUCCCACAAUCUGGCUCUGCCCCGACAGUACGUCGCCGUCAUUGUCACCUUCCAGCUGUUGAGGACGUCGGUGACGGUCAGAGAGCAGCCGGACGUCCCUGAGAUCCUCAAGAUUCAGAUGCUCGACCUCAGCACCAAGAUAUCUCAGAGACCUGGAGCUCAGGCUGUCAGGGUGGAGGCAGUGUUGGAGCACUGGUACGUUACAGGUUUACAGCAGCAGGGGGCGGUGCCUUCACUCAUCGCCUCAGUAGGAGACUCCGCCUCCUCUCUGCUCAGCGUUGUGUUUGAGUUGAACCCAGAGGAGAGCGCGGCUGACCAACUGCUCAGAGUCCAUUCUCAGCCGGUGGAGAUCAUCUACGACGCGCUGACAGUGAACAGCAUGGCCGACUUCUUUAAGACGGGGAAAGGAGUGGAUCUGGAGGUCCUGACCUCGGCCACGCUCUCCAAGCUGGAGGAGAUCAAAGAGAAAACCGCCACAGGUUUGUCUCACAUCAUUGAGACCAGAAAGGUCCUGGACCUGAGGAUUGACCUGAAGCCGUCCUACCUGCUGGUACCGAAGUCUGGCUUCUACAGUGACACGUCAGACCUCAUCAUCGUGGACUUUGGCAGCUUCCAGUUGCACAGUGUUGAGCAGAGCGGUCUCAGUGUGUCUUCGUCCUCCUCUUCCUCUCUGGAGGAGAUCAUGGAUCGAGCGUAUGAGAGAUACAAUGUGGAGCUGAGACGAGUUCAGGUUCUCUACAGCAAGUCAGGUGAGGACUGGGUGUCGGCUCGACUGCAGGGAUCAUCAGUCCAACACAUCCUCCAGCCCAUGGACUUCACUGUUCACCUGGCCAAGUGCAUGGUGGAGAAGGACGCCAGGAUGCCCAGGUUCAAGGUGUCAGGUGAGCUGCCUCUGCUGCACAUUAAGAUCUCGGACCAGAAGAUCCAGAACAUUCUGGAGCUCGUCGACAGCAUACCCCUGCCUAACAUGGGCUCCUCCCCCUCCACCCCGACAAAGAAGGUGCUGUCGUUGGCGGAGGUCAGACCCAAAGCACUUGGCCUGCCCCCCGCCCUCCUUGGCACCAUGGAAACAGACUCAGAUGAAGACACCAGUGAGAGGUCCACAGAUGAAGACCACCAGCGCUCGGCUCUGGAGGAACUCACGGAUGUUCACUUCAAGUUUGAAGUCAGAGAGGUGCUGUUGGAGCUGACCCGGCAGGUGGACCAGGAGAAGACCAUCCUGUCAUUCAGCAUCCGUCAGCUGGGCGCUGAGGGGAAGAGGCGGAGCUUUGACCUGAGCAUCACCUCAUACCUGCGCAAAGUCACACUGGACUACUGUGGAGAUGGUAGGAAUCAACCUCUGCACCUGAUCAGGUCGUCAGAGCAGCAGGGCUCCAACCUGCUGAAGGUGGAGUUAAUCAAGGCCGACCCCAGCGGUCCUAGCUUCCAGACUCUGUUCGACAACACCGAGCAAACACUGAAGGUGGAGUUGUCCUCUCUUGACUUCCUCCUUCACACUAAAGCUCUGCUGUCGACCAUCAACUACCUGAGCAGUGCCCUGCCAUCGCAGCUCGCCACCAUGCGAGAACAAGACGCCAAAAAGCAGGUGGAGAAGACGGGACAAGGCCGGACAGUGGCUAAAGGAGCCAGAGAUGGCGGCAUCUUCAGCUUCAAACUGUUCGCCAUGUUGGGCUGUUUCCACGUGGAGGUGUGCGAUGACCGCUGCAGCAUCGCUGACAUCAGAGUCCAAGGAAUUGAUGCUUCGGUGCUGGUGCAGGCGAAAGAGACGGAGGUGUUUGCUCGACUUAGGGACAUUGUGGUCACAGACGUCAACCCUAGAACUGUCCACAGGAAGGCUGUGUCCAUCAUGGGUGAGGAGGUGUUCAGCUUCAAACUGUCCUUGUUUCCGGGGGCGACAGAGGGGGAGGGCUACACCGACACGUCCAAGGUGGACGGGAAGGUCACGAUGCGUCUGGGCUGCAUCCAGAUCGUCUACCUGCACAAGUUCCUCAUGUCACUGCUGAUGUUUGUCGACAACUUCCAGACAGCUAAAGAAGCUCUUAGCGCUGCCACAGCUCAAGCCGCAGAGAAGGCGGCAUCCAGCGUUCGAGACUUUGCCCAGAAGAGUUUCCGUCUGUCCAUGGACAUCAAGCUGAAGGCUCCGCUCAUCAUCAUCCCCCAGUCCUCCACCUCCCACAAUGCAGUAGUGGUGGACCUGGGUCUGAUCAUGGUGGGAAACAGCUUCUCCCUGCUGCCUGUUGAAGGAUUCUCUCUGCCGGCCGUGGUGGAGAAGAUGGAUGUGAAGCUGACGCAGCUGAAGCUCUCCAGAGCCACACUGAAGUCAGGCUCCUCUCAGCCGGACAUUGAGAUCCUUCAGCCAAUCAACACAGAGCUGCUUGUCACCCGAAACCUGGCUGCUUCCUGGUUCACCAAGAUCCCAGGAGUCCAGGUCCAGGGAGUUCUACGGUCCCUCAAUAUGAGUCUCGGUGAGGAAGACCUCGCUGUGCUCAUGAAGAUCUUAGUGGAGAACAUCGGGGAGGGAAGUAAGGAGCACAGCGUGGAAGUAAAAAGACAGGUGGCUCAAGGGAAGGCGGAGCUAGCUGAGCAUGCAGAGGUGGUGCCACUACAGAGGGGAGCUGGUGUGAUACCUCACACCAAUGGAGGCUUGACUGAAAACACCAUCAACAUUCUCCUCAACUUCGAAAUCAAAGAGGUGCUGCUGACCCUGAAGAAACCCAUAGAGCAGAAAGAGUCGCCUUUCCUGCUCUUUCACAUCGCUCACCUGGGCAUCGACACCAAAGUCAGGAAGUAUGACAUGUGUGCCACAACGUACAUCAACAAGAUCACCAUGAAGUGCCUGGAGUUCAACGAUUCGAGUGGCGAGCCUCUGUGCCUCAUUAGCUCUUCGGUGGAGUCUGGAGCUGAACUGCUCAAAGUGCAGUAUUUCAAGGCUGACCGCUCAGGGCCGAACUUCUCCACCACCUACAAGAACACUGAGCAGAUGAUCAAUGUGACCUUCACCUCCCUCGACUUCAUGCUCCACACUGAGGCUCUGCUCUCGACCAUCAACUUCCUGUCGGCAGCGCUGUCGUCCAGCAGCAUGUCGUCUGUAGAGAGAGCGACCAAACUGAAGACAGAGGACAAGACAGUGUCUGCCAAGUCCACUGCCCUGGUCUCACCUGCAGACAGUGAGGUCAUCGACCUGAAGGUGGUGGUAACACUGGGAGCCUUCAAUGCUUUGGUGUGUGACCAGAGCUGCAACAUGGCUGACAUCAAGAUCCAAGGUAUUAAUGGUUCUUUACUGAUGCAAGGACCUCAGAUGCACAUAUCAGCCCGCCUACGAGAUUUCAUCGUUCUCAACGUUGAUCCUAGAAGCAUCCACAAGAAGGCAAUCUCCAUCGUGGGUGACGAGGUGUUCAGCUUUGCCAUGAGUCUGACCCCUAACGCCACGGAGGGUGCCGGUUAUGACGACACCUCAAAGACCGACGGCAAAGUGAAGCUGAACGUGGGCUGCAUCCAGGUGGUUUACCUGCACAAGUUUGUCAUGUCUCUGUUGAAUUUCAGCAGUAACUUCCAGACAGCUAAAGAAGCUGUAAGUGCUGCCACGGCUCAGGCCGCAGAGAAGGCGGCUUCCAGCGUUCGAGACUUUGCCCAAAAGUGUUUCCGUCUGUCCAUGGACAUCAAGCUGAAAGCUCCACUCAUCAUCAUCCCCCAGUCCUCCACCUCCCAUGAUGCCCUGGUGAUGGACCUGGGUCUGAUCAUGGUGGGAAACAGCUUCUCCCUGCUGCCUGUGGAUGGGUGUCCGCUGCCGGCCGUCAUCGACAACAUGGACGUCCAGCUGACGCAGCUCAAACUCUCCAGGACCUGUAUGGACCUGGUCUCAGACCAACCCCACACCGAGCUGCUGGAACCGGUAAACCUGCAUCUGAACAUCAAGAGGAACCUAGCAGCUUCUUGGUACAAGAAGAUGGCUGCCAUCGAGAUCGAUGGAGAUCUGAAGCCCAUGAAGGUGGAGCUGAGUCAGGAUGACCUGAAGGUGCUGCUCAGGAUCCUGAUGGAGAAUCUGGGGGAGGCCGGCAGUCUGGAGCCCACCGCCAACAGACAGGAGGAGGCUGGUCUGCAGGUCCGAGCUGCCGGAGGCCCCCCAUCAGGUGACGUUGGGAAGUCGACUGUGAGCAGUGAUGAAGAGGCCGAUGAAGCUCUGGAGUCCAUGAAGUUCAACUUCAGCAUUGAGUCUCUGGGUCUGGUUUUGUACAGCAGUGAUCCAAAACUGCCGUCGGGCCUCCAGCACCAGCAGGACCUCAGACUGGGUGAGUUCACCCUCCACCUGCUGAAGACCUCGGGACGGAUCCUGGCCAGCGGCAGCGCCGAGGUGACCACCGUCCUGACCGCCUGCACGCUGGACGACCUGAGGACCGGAAUGGAGAGGGUGACGUCGAGGAUGGUGGGACGGAGGGACGAGGACAGCUUGGAGUCGAUGAUCGAUGUGACGUAUCGUCAGAGUGGUGGCGAGCGGGAGCUGGUGGCGGUCCUGCAGAAACUCUACCUGUGUGCCAGCGUGGAGUUCCUGAUGGCCGUGGCAGAUUUCUUCCUGCAGGCUCUGCCACAGAGUCCGGCUCAGACCAGCACCUCGGCGCUGGGCGACAGACUGCCUCUGAGACAGACCGCCGAGCCCCGAGCCGACGUCAGGACCGCCUCCUCGGUCAGGACUCGUCUCCGGGCUGUGGUGGUGGACCCGGAGGUGGUGUUCGUUGCCAGCCUGAUGAAGGCGGAUGCCCCUGCCCUGGUGGCCUCGUUUCAGUGUGACUUCACGCUGCGGGCUGAGGACGAUGGGACGCAGGACAUGAGAGCCAACCUGAGGGAGCUGAAAGUUCUUGCCUGCCCCUUCAUCCGGAACAAGGUGGACAAGGCCGUCACAACCGUGUUGAGACCCUGCUCAGUCGCCUUGGAAACCAACACCCACCCCAACCGACCACUGAGUGGCUCUGUGACAGUGGAGGAAGUCAUUGUCAAGAUCUCUCCAUUCAUCCUCAACACAGUGAUGACCAUCACAGCCGCCAUGACAGCGAAGCAGCACGACAAGCAGAGUCAGGACUCCAAACCUGGUGUGGGCGACCUGUGGUCAGUCAUGAACAUCUACAACUGUAACUACUGGUUCCUGGGGGUGGACCCGGCCACCGAGGUCACUGAGAGCUUCAGAGAGCAGGACGGGCGCAAUGAAGGCGAGAGCUUCGCUGCCGAGGUCAAGGUGGUCCAAGUGACUCUGGAGUCCGGUUUGGGUCAUCGGACUGUCCCUCUGCUACUGGCUGAGUCGUCUUUCAACGGAUCAGCCAAAAACUGGUCUUCUAUGCUGCAGCUGACAGCCAACAUGACGCUGGAGGUGAACUACUUCAAUGAGAUCCAUGCAGUAUGGGAGCCUCUGAUCGAACGAGUGGACAGCGGUAGACGCAGAUGGACCCUGGAGCUCAAGAUGAAGAACAACCCGGUUCAGGACAAGAGUCCUAUUCAUGGAGAUGACUUUAUUAUACUUCCUGAACCACGCACAGCAAUGAGUAUCUGCUCCAAAGACACCAUGAAUAUCACCAUCUCCCAGAGCAGCCUCACCGUCCUUUACAACCUCACCAAGGCAUUCUCCUUGGGCACAGCCUCCACCUGCGACUCCUCUCUGAAGGAGAAGGCCCCCUUCACCAUCAGAAACUCUCUGGGGAUCCCCCUCAUCGUGCAGCACAGUGCCAACUUGAGGCCGGUGGGAACAGCGGUGCAGGGUAAACUACACGAGCUGUUGGUGGAUCAGAGCAUGGACCUGGAGCACUCCGUGUUCGAAGCAUCGUCACGAGGCAAACUGUCGGCUCUACAGCGGCAGGAGAGCUGCCUGUUCAACCUGUCCAUCGUGCCUUCUGGGUACAGUGAAAUCUCUAACAUCGCUGUGGACAAACCAGGUCGCCGUCUCUACAACAUCCGAGGUCCGAUGCUGCAGGAAGCUGUCUCUGUGCUGCUGCAGAUCGACGCUGCCGAGGGCAACAAGGUCAUCACCAUCCGCUCCCCUCUGCAGAUCAAGAAUCACUUCUCAGUGCCCUUCACCAUCCUGAAGUACUGUCCCACAUCCAGGAGUCUGCAGAGCGUUGGACAGGCUGAGCCGGAGAAAGAGUUUCAUGUCACAUUAGAGACAUACAGAUGUCAGCUGUUUGUACGUCCAGCCGGUCCUUUGGAUGGUCAGUAUGCUCCGUCCUCCACCUGCGUGGCUUGGAAGGAGCAGGUGCACCACAGCUCAGAGGUGCGUUCGCUGCUGCAGUGUCCCGCAACCGACAGCAGCUUGCUGCCGCUGAUGGUCAGCACGCUGGCCGUCUCCGAUGACCUGCGACACAUCGCUAGCCAUGGAGAAGAGGACUGGGACCCCGCCUACGUUAUCCACCUCCAUCCUGUAGCCACGCUACGCAACCUGCUGCCCUACACCAUCCGCUACAUGAUGGAGAGCUCAGCAGACUCUUAUGAGCUCCCAGAAGGCAGCGUUUCAGACCUGCUAAAUGCUCGCAUCUCAGGUGAAAUCGUGUCAUUGGUGCUGAUGAGGUAUCAGGGCCGUGACUGGCAUGGACACAUUCGUAUCACACAGGAAAUGCCAGAGUUCUUCACUACAUGUCUCACCUGUGACUCGGAUACCAAUAUGACGGUGGACGUGAGUGUUCACGUGACAAGGGCGGCAAGCCGCCUGCUGCUGUCACUCUUCAGCCCGUACUGGAUCAUCAACAAGACGUCUCGAGUGCUGCAGUACAGAGCGGAGGACAUCAGCGUCAAACACCCGGCGGACUUCAGAGACAUCAUCCUGUUCUCCUUCAGGAAGAAGACUCUGUUCAGCAAGAGCAAACUCCAGUUGUGCGUCUCCACCAGCUCUUGGUCUGAUGGUUUCUCUCUGGACACCGUUGGAAGUUCCGGCUGCGUUCGCUGUCCCUCCAAAAACAUGGACUUCCUGGUUGGUGUGAGUAUCCAGAUAAGCAGUUUUAAUUUGACCCGGAUCGUCACCAUGAGUCCAUUCUACACGCUCGUUAACAAGUCGUCUUACGAGCUGGAGGUGGGAGAGGUCACUAGCCAGACAUCCACCAGGUGGCACUACAUCUCCUCCACUGAGUGCCUCCCUCUGUGGCCGGAGAACAGCUCAGGGAAGUUGUGUGUCCGUGUGGUCGGAUCUGAAUCUACAUCCAAGUUCUUCUUCUUCAACCAGCAGGACAACGGCACCCUGCUGAGCCUGGACAUGUGUGGCGGGAUCAUCGUGGACAUCAACAUCUCUGAUCACUCUAACGUCAUCAGCUUCAGUGACUAUUACGAAGGAGCCGCUCCUGCCCUGCUGCUCAACCACACCCCCUGGGUCACCAUCAGCUACAGACAGAGCGGCUCAGCUGUGGUUCAUGAGCUCAAACCAGGACAGGCUCGGCGGUUUGCGUGGGAUGACCCUGCUGGUGUGCGAACACUCAGCUGGAGCUGCAUGGAGCAUUCAGGAGAUCUGGACCUGCUGAAGGAUGAGGUGGGUCAGUUCUCCUAUGACAGCCUGUCUCAGGUCCACUGGGUCUCCUUCCUGGACGGACGUCAGCGGGUGCUGCUGUUCACCGAGGAUGUUGGCGUGGUAACGAAGGCUCGGCAGGCGGAGGAGCUCGAACAGUUUCAACAGGAAGUGAAGGUAUCACUGCAAAACCUUGGACUGUCGCUGAUCAAUAACACCAGCCGGCAGGAGAUCGCUUACAUUGGCAUCACCAGCUCAGGUGUUGUUUGGGAGAUGAAGCCGAAGAAUCGCUGGAAACCGUUCAGUCAGAAGAACAUCAACCUGCUGGAGAAAGCCUACCAGAGUCAGCUGAGUGGGAAGACUGAAGGGGGCUGGGUCAGACUGGAGACCAACCUGGAGGUUAACCUCAGCGGAGCCACCAUGAUGAUGCGUCAGCCGUUCUCCUGCCAGGUGAGGAGGAACUUCCUGUCUGGGAUCCAGGUGGAGUUCAAACAGUCGCUACACCAGCGCAGCCUGAGAGCCCAGCUGCACUGGCUGCAGGUAGACAACCAGCUGCCAGGUGCAAUCUUCCCCAUCGUCUUCCAUCCAGUCCCUCCUCCAAAAUCCAUCGCUCUGGAUUCAGAGCCGAAGCCGUUCAUUGAUGUGUCCAUCAUCACCAGGUUCAACCAACACAGCAGCGUCAUGCAGUUCAAGUACUUCAUGGCUCUGGUUCAGGAGAUGGCAGUGAAGCUGGAUCAGGGUUUCCUGGGAGCCAUCUUGGCUCUGCUCACACCUGCUGCUGACCCCCAGGCCGACAGACAGAAGUCACGGCUGAUAGAGAGGGAUCUGCAGCUGCUGCAGGCCGAGCUGAUGGAGGCGUCGCUCACCGACUCGUCAGGACUCAGCUUCUUCGAACAUUUCCACAUCUCACCCAUCAAGCUCCACCUCAGUCUGUCUCUGGGCUCCAGUGGUGAGGACUCAGCUCAGGAAGUAGCAGCUGUUCAGUCUUUGAACCUGCUGCUGAAAAGUAUCGGAGCUACACUGACCGACGUCGAUGAUCUCAUCUUCAAACUGGCCUUCUUUGAGGUGAAGUACCAGUUUUACCGCAGAGAGAAGCUGGUGCGGGCGGUGGUCCGACACUACAGUGAACAGUUCCUCAGGCAGAUGUAUGUUCUGGUCCUGGGUCUGGACGUCCUGGGAAACCCAUUUGGACUGAUCCGAGGUCUGUCUGAGGGGGUGGAGGCCUUCUUCUACGAACCUUUUCAGGGAGCUGUUCAGGGUCCAGAGGAGUUUGCUGAAGGUUUUGUGAUCGGAGUCCGCAGCCUGCUGGGUCACACUGUCGGUGGCGCUGCAGGUAUGGUCUCUAGGAUCACAGGGUCGGUGGGUAAAGGUCUGGCAGCCAUCACCAUGGAUAAAGAGUACCAGCAGAAACGACGAGAGGAGAUGAACCGACCGCCCAGAGACUUUGGAGAGAGUCUGGCUAAAGGAGGAAAAGGACUGCUGAAGGGCGUUGUCGGUGGAGUUACAGGCAUCGUCACCAAACCAGUGGAGGGGGCUAAGAGGGAGGGGGCAGCCGGUUUCUUUAAAGGCAUCGGUAAAGGUUUGGUGGGCGUGGUCGCUCGGCCGACGGGCGGCAUCGUGGACAUGGCCAGCAGCACCUUCCAGGGCAUCCAGAGAGUGGCAGAGUCGACAGAGGAAGUGACCAAACUUCGUCCAGUGCGUCUCAUCAGGGAGGACGGUGUCAUCCGUCCCUAUGACCUGACGGAGUCGCAGGGUUUUGAACUUUUCCAGCGUUCAGAGAUCAAACAGCUGGAUGGUGAAGUGUUCAGAGAUCACUGUCAGUAUCCUGGACACAGGAAGACCACCAUCAUCAUCACCAACAGGAGGGUUGUGUGUGUGAAGGAGAUCGACUUUGUCGGCCAUUUUAACAAAGAGUGGGAGUGUUUGUUUGAGAACUUCUAUCGUCCUCCGACUGUUACGGGAUCUGAGCUGAAGAUCUACUGCAAGGAGCAGCAGAAGUUGAAGCUACCAAAGAGAGACGAGGACUCAGUGAGGAGGGUUCCGCUCAGAGACUCAAACACUGCUCAGGCUCUGCAGGCAGCCAUAUCAGACGCUCAGGUGGCGCAGCAGCAGCACCGCAUGGCGAGACAGAAGUCCCAGCGCUUCAUGAAAUUCAACAACAAGCACCCCUGUGCCUCGCCUGCAGGCAGCACUGUCAAGAUGAAGCCAUAAAAAUGACACGUUGCACUAAAAGAAUAUUUCCAGAAAUGGUUGUGUUGAUGAUGUUUGACUUGAAGAUAAUAAUUAUAAUUGUUUAUCAAUGUUUUCUAUGGUGAAACAUUCUGUGAUUGAUGAUUGUUUGUUUACAGCUGUGAACGGAGAGUCUGAUUAAACAUGAUGAACAUC